AUGGUUGGAAGCAUCAACCUACAGUUGGGGUGGCCAUCACCGACUCUCUUUCCCUCGGCUCAACUACUUGACGGUGCAACCAAUGUACUCAACUCGCAAGCAAAAACCGCAGCAUCACUAAUCUAUGGACCAGACGCUGGCUACAAACCACUUCGAUGUAGUAUCGCGAAAUGGCUGGCUUCCAUAUAUGGACGUGGCUCGAUGAUCUCGUUAGAUCGCGUCUGUGUCACUAACGGGGCAUCGGGAAACCUGGACAAUGUUCUUGCACGCUUUACCGAGCCAGGGUACACAAGAAACAUAUGGAUGGUUGAACCAUGCUACUUUCUGGCGUGUCCGAUAUUCAUGGACAAUGGAUUCCAAGGAAUGAUGAGAGGCGUGCCCGAAGACGAUGAAGGCUUGGACCUAGAGUUUUUACGACGAAACCUUGAGGAAGCGGGUGCAUCGCCAACGUCAGAUUCACCAGCACGAAAGACGGGUGACAGAUACAAGAAGCUUUACCGACACAUCAUCUACUGCGUCCCAACCUUCUCGAACCCAAGUGCGAAGACCAUGUCACUACGGCGAAGACAGGAACUUAUACGCCUAGCGCGAGAGUUUGACGCCCUCGUAGUUACCGAUGAUGUGUAUGACAUACUACGCUGGCCAGCAGACAAAGAGGGCAACUUCGAAGACAUCGGUGAUGUACCUCCACGACUUGUCGAUGUUGAUCGCACUUUUGAAGGAGGCCCAAAAGACGAGUGGGGGAAUGCUGUGAGCAACGGUUCAUUCUCAAAAAUCAUAGCGCCAGGUGUAAGAGUCGGAUGGGCCGAAGCAACGCCUGCGUUCACACUUGCACUGUCACAAGUGGGCGCGACGAGAUCUGGUGGCUGCCCCGCGCACAUCGCCGCUUCAUUCGUGCACGAAAUGCUGGAGUCUGGGAUGCUGCAGAAACACCUUGACACAAAAGUUCUUCCAACUUUUCGAGCUCGCUAUCACGCUAUGCUCGAGGCCAUAAACAAUCAUCUGGCUCCACUCGGCGUUACAAUCUCUACCGGAAAGCCCUAUACCGAAUCCUUACGACAUGCGAAUGGCGUCCGAAAAGAUCACGAGGAGCAACCCACUCAAGCUGGCGGGUACUUCAUCUGGUUAUUGCUGCCGGAAAGCCUGGCUGAGAAGGGUGUGGACCUAGCUGCUAAUGCUCUGGAGAACUUUGACCUGAAGUUUGCCUAUGGAGACAUGAUGCAAGUGCAAGGUGAGCCUGAAUCCGCCAUCCGUGCUGCAAAGGGCUACGGAAAUGGCAUACGUUUGUCAUGGGCGUGGCACACGGAGGAGGAGAUUGUUGAGGGUAUCAGAAGACUUGGUGCGUUGAUUGAGGGAGCUGGCAAGCAGACUCAACCAUGA